AUGAGUUCAGAGAAACAUUUGACAGCUAAUUUGUCAAAUAUUAGAAGUGUUGGUAGUCGUUUAGCUGUACAAGAUCAUGAGAUUGAUCUUGAUGCUGUUUUAUCAAAUCAAUUAUCAUUAGGUGAAGUCGCUUCCACUUUAACUGAUAAACAAAAAUACUUUGUUUUAAGAAGGUUGCAUUUUGAUGCAUUAACUUCAUUGGAGGAUUUACCACCAACAGUUACGGUGAUUUUGGAAAAGGUUGAACAAAUGACAACAGAAGAAGCUGUUGAUCUUUUGAAAGAAUCUUUAGUUGAGCACAACGAAGAUCCUAAUAUUCAAAAUCAAGAUAUGGAUUUAUGGAAGGCUUUAAUUGAUCAUCAUAUCCCGAAUAAUGAUACAGUUAAGGAAAAAUUAGUUUCACAUUUGAACAAUGAAAAAGAAACCUCUAUUGAUUAUGAAAUUCAUUCAGAUGAUGCUAGUGAAAGCACUUCAGAUUCACAUUUUGUCUACACCAUGAUCGUUGAUUGGAACUUACAAGUUAGAUUAGAAGCUGUUUUAAUUGCUUAUUGGUCACCAUAUCCUGAAGUUAGAGCUGUUACAUAUCCAUUUGAUGAUCCAACAUUGCCAGUUGAGACUUUGAGAGUUUAUAUAAUAGGUAUUAUAUGGGUUGGUUUAGGUUCGGUUAUAAAUGUCUUUUUUUUUGAUAGACAACCACCGAUCUCUUUAUCAGUUGCAGUUGCUCAAGUAUUUUUAUAUCCUUCAGGUAAAAUAGCUGAAUGGAUUUUACCGAAAUGGAGUUUUAAGAUCUGGAAAUAUAAAAUCAAUUUAAAUCCUGGACCAUACAAUUAUAAAGAACAAGUUUUAGCUUCAGCAUUUGUUAGUGUAUCUGUAUCUGCAAGUUAUGUUGUAUAUAAUAUCACUAUGCAAAAAUUACCUAUGUUUUAUAAUAACCAAUGGGUAGAUUGGGGUUAUCAGAUUUUGCUUAUACUUUCAACUAAUUUUAUGGGUAUUGGUUUAGCUGGUAUCAUGAGAAAGUUUGCUAUCUAUCCAGUGAAAUCCGUUUGGCCAUCUAUGUUACCAACUUUAGCUUUAAAUAGAGCUUUAGUGGCACCAGAAAAGAAAGAGAACAUUAAUGGUUGGACAAUAUCAAGAUACUAUUUCUUUUUCUUUAUGUUCUUUGCAUCAUUUUUGUGGUUUUGGGUUCCAAACUAUUUAUUUCAGGCAUUGUCUUAUUUCAAUUGGAUCACAUGGAUUAAACCUGAUAAUUUGAAUCUAGCAACUAUUACGGGUAUGGUAUCAGGUCUUGGUUUAAAUCCAAUUUCAACAUUUGAUAUUAAUGUUUUAUUUUCCAAUUCUCCAUUAGAGAUUCCAUUUUUUAAUUAUGUCAAUAUGAUGGUUGGUAUGUUUAUUUCAUUCUUUGCAAUUGUUGGAGUUUGGUAUGGUAAUUAUAAAUGGGCUGGAUAUCUACCAAUAAAUUCCAAUCAGUUAUUCACAAAUACUGGUGAAAUAUAUUCUGUAUCUGAAGUUGUGAAUGAAAUAAGCAUGUUUGAUAAUACAAAAUAUCAAGAAUAUGGACCUCCAUUUUAUGCGGCAGCUAAUUUAGUUCUUUAUGGUGCAUUUUUUGCCCUUUAUCCAUUCCAUUUUUGUUACGAAAUUGGUACAAAUUAUAGGCAAUUGUGGGAUGCAUGUAAAUCAUUUGGCAAGAUCGCUAAAGACUGGAAGAGAUCAACUUAUGAAGGGUUCAACGAUCCUCACUCUGUCAUGAUGAGAGCUUAUCCAGAAGUUCCAGAAUGGGUUUUUCUUAUUGUUUUGGUCAUAUCAUUAGUUUUAGCUAUUAUAUUAGUUGAAGUAUAUAAAGGUACAAAUACUCCUGUUUGGGCAAUUUUCUUUGCUUUAGGAAUCAAUUUUGUGUUUUUAAUUCCAUUAACAACAAUUCUAAGUAGAACUGGUUUUGGUUUUGGUUUAAAUGUUUUAGUUGAAUUAAUUAUCGGUUAUGCUUUACCAGGUAACGGUCUUGCACUUUCAAUUAUCAAAGCCUUGGGUUAUAAUAUUGAUGGACAAGCUCAAAACGUAUGUACAAUCAAAUUUUAAGAUGAAAUAAGUAAUAAAACCAAUACUAACGUUAAAUCAAGUAUAUUUCAGAUCAAAAGCUUGCGCAUUAUGCAAAGGUUCCACCUAGAGCUCUUUUCAGAUGUCAAGUCUUGUCAAUAUUUAUUGGUUCAUUUAUCCAAUUAGGUAUAUUAAAUUGGAUGUUAGAUGGAGGUAUUAAGGAUUACUGUGAGCCACACAAUCCUCAAAAGUUUACAUGCCCUAAUUCUACAACAUUCUAUACAGCUUCAGUGAUUUGGGGUAUUAUUGGUCCUAAAAGAGUUUUUAAUGACUUAUAUCCAAUUUUACGUUGGUGUUUCUUAAUUGGGUUUUUAUUAGCUUUCCCAUGUGUCGCUUUUAAGAGAUUUGCACCAAGAAAAUUUUCCAAAUGGUUUGAACCAAGUAUUGUGAUCGGUGGUUGCCUUAAUUGGGCACCUUAUAAUAUAUCAUGGUAUUUACCAGGUUUAUAUCUUUCAUUUGCAUUCAUGUACUAUUUAAAGAGAAACUAUGAAGCUUGGUGGCAAAAGUAUAAUUAUUUAGUUUCAACUGGUCUUAGUGCUGGAAUGGCAUUUUCAGGUAUUAUCAUUUUCUUUGCUGUUAUGUAUCAUGAUAAAUCUAUCGAUUGGUGGGGUAAUAAUGUUCCGUUUGUUGGUUUAGAUGGUGCUGGUAUAUCAAGAUUGAAUGCUACUUUACAAGCUCCAGAUGGCUAUUUUGGUCCAAGAAAAGGUCAUUUCCCAUAG